AGUCUGCUCUCUCAACGUCCUGCUCCCGCUCCUUGCGGUCUGCUUCUCAUGCUUCCAUGAUCAUGUCCCGGAGGACACUGGGUGGAGGUCGUGUCCUGGGCAGCGCGAAGUCGCUCUCUCCGGCCGUUUCCAUCGCGUCCCCGAAGUCCAAGCCAAAUAAUGUCCUAUCCCCGUCCGCCAGCACCGUAUCUCUGAGUUCGCAGGCGUCUACCUCUCAGAUUUCGCCCGAGUUUCAGGAUCUAACGUCGCGCAUCUCCUUGGAAAAUGGUGAGACGUCCAUCUCGGCUACUCCGGCGGCCGCCGGCGGCGCCCUUGCCUGUCCGAUAUGUAACGAGGAAAUGGUAACAUUGCUGCAGUUGAACAGGCAUCUCGACGACGUGCAUCAGAAUCUCGAAGAUGACAGACAGGAUGAAGUUAAGGAUUGGUUCAAAACCCAAAUGGAGAAGGCGAAGCGCUUUCAGCCACUUGCGGUCUUGAACCAGAAGUUGAAGGGGCUGGACGUAUUCGAGUCGAACGACAAUCUUCAACCUUCAACCGCCGCGAGCCGAUCGUCCGCGACCCAGUUGAAUAAUGCUAUAGAGCAUCCAAGAACACUAGAUCCAGACGAUGUCAUUACGAAGGAGCACUGGCAAAUCCGUACUCUAUACGACGUCUGCUUAGAGCCGUCGUGUGGGAAGCGGCUCAACGCUACGAAUGGUUGCGUUCAUUGCCGAAAGUGUGGGAAACUGUUCUGCGAAGAACAUACCAUGUAUCAGAUGAAACUAUCCCGAUCAGCGCAGCACGAGCCGGUCCGGGGUCUAUGGUGUAGGGUUUGCGAAACAUGCUACAAGUCCAGGGAGGGUUACAAUGACCAUAAUGGAGCUCUUAGGGAUCACACCGAUGCCUUCAAAUCGAUUAGGAAACAGAAAGUUGAUAGAGCCAUUCUGGAAGUAUCUCGACUGGAGAAGAGAUUGACACGGCUCACUCAACUCUUGGCCAGCCUUCCACUAGAACAAAUCCAGUCUGGUUCGAAUAAGCGCUGGGCAAUCUCAUGGCAUACUGAUCAGCGAAAAGCGCUCGAGCAAAAAAUUGUUAGUUGGGAAGAGGACUCCCUUGUCCCAAAAUGCCCGUUUUGUCAGCAGGACUUUACCAGCGUCUCCUUCCGGAGACACCACUGCAGAACUUGUGGGCGCGUCGUAUGCGGCGACCCGCUAACAGGAUGUUCUAGCGAGGUUCCUCUGACUGUCACUCCACUAUCGAAAGCAACAGCAGAAAAGACAACGGGCGUUGGUAGAAUCAACAUUGAUGUCAGACUCUGCAAGGAAUGCAUGUCGACUUUGUUUGACCGACGAGACUUUGAAGCAGAUGUCAUGCGGAGGCCUCCGGACGUGAGGGCGUAUGGGAAUCUGGUUCAGUUUGAAAGAGGCAUACGUCUUCUUCUGCCCAGGUUCCAGAAAUUAUUGGCAGCUUUGCAGUAUGGUUCUCUAAUGGUCAAAAUGCCAAUGUUUGAUUAUACAGUCUAACAAUACUGCCCUUAGGGAUCCUGUGCGGCCGCCUUCACCCACACAAAUUGCAGAGGCAUCCAAAGUUCGCAAACGGCUGAUUGAUUCUUUUGCUCAAUACGAUGUCGCUGCUAGACGGAUCCGUGACCUGCCAACAGAUUCCCCGACACAACGGCGCCUCCAGAGGGCCAUUUAUCAACAAGCUAGCAGUUUUCUGCACCUGCACAUGCUUCCCCUAAAGUCGCUUCCCAAAAUUCUCAAACAUGUUACACCCGGCGGUGGUCUUUCAAACGGCACGAAUUCUCCUAGGCCAUCCUCUAGCAACGGCCCGGUACCUACUACAUAUGGUGCUCGACGACAAGAUCCACCCUCGCCAGCUAUAAACCAUAACCGCACAGCUACCAAUGCUAGCAUAGGUAGCCUUAACAGCGAGAAUAGCAGCGCGAUCUCCGCGUUGGAAGAGAAGGAGAAAUCCCUCCGUGAUCGACUCAUCGUAUUAGAAGAGCAGAAGUUCUUCGUUUCCGAAAUGAUUGCAGACGCGAACCGUCGCCGCAAAUUCGACGAGGUUAGCAGCCUUGCUAUGAAUAUCGAAGAUCUCAGUCACGAAAUCGACCAUGUUAACGGCAUGUUGGGCGAGUUGGAUUUUGAAGGCGCCUACACUGGCCAGCAGUAGCAGAGUUGACGGCCUGAUAUAUUGCUUGCACUACAUUACGGUUACUGCCAACUGGUGUAUAACCGUGCCGAUUACUUUUUGUCAUGAUGGAUGCCACAUUCUUUUUAAGGGCACUCCUCCCGGGAUUUUCUGGCCGGGAUGUCUGUCCCUUUUGUGACUUAUUUAAUAGCCUAACCCUUUCAUUUCUUUUUCUUUUUUUUUGCGUUUAUAUUUUGGCGUGGGGUUUGCUCAAUCCGUAUAGUGAUGUUUGCAUGGCCAGAGGCGUUUCCUAUGUUUAUUUGGGACCUUAUAUUUAUUUCCGAGGUUGUUUAUUUGUUAUUACAGGUUGGAUUUAUCUUUUCACUGCCAACAGCUGUGCUCUUGCAUGAUACUCUGACCUCCUGGGAGGUAAUAUAAGACACAUUCUACGGUACUUGCUAUCAGUGGUGGAAUAUAUUCGAGAGAGAUAUAUACAAGUACAGAUAAAUUCAAUACAUGGAUUAAAU